GCGUCAUGAACCUCCUCAUCAACCGCCUCCAGUUCAGAAAGCUUGUCCUCACUGGCGCCCUUCUCCUGCCUCUGAGUCUCAUUUUGUCGUCUUUUAUGCGAGAUAUAAUCUCUCUUAUUUGUCUACAGGCCAUUCUUUGCGGGAUGGGCAUGGCCACGUUGCUGGCACCAGGAGAAGUUGGCGUGCUCCUACUUUCAGAGGAGGCGCUCUCUAGCGUUGGCGCUGGCCAAGUGUGGCGCAAGCGCCGGGGCCGUCUCCAUGCCUCCCCUCUUCACCUUCCUGACGGAGCAGUACGGCCUCCGGGGAGCUUUGCUGCUGAUGGGCGGCAUCUGCCUGCACACCAUCCCGGCCACCCUACUCUUGAGACCUACCUCCUCCUUCUCCAAGAUGUCGGGGCGCCCUAAGCAGAGCUCUUCGGAUCAUGGCGUGAAGAUGUCAGAGACCGAAAGGACGGGAGACGCGUCAACGGCUCCAGAAGGGAUGACGUCACGAGCUGUGGACGCAGCUCAGGUUGAAAUGAUCUUGACUGAUGGAGAUGUGGGAAAAAGUGCUGCUAAAACUAGUGAGUGUGUACAGCGGUCUCGCCAUGAAAUGACUCCCCAUGCCACGUGCAACACGAGGCUGCAAAAAGCUUUUAGUGUCAGAAAAAGUCUCUCGGAGAGCGCGCUUUCAGAAACAAACAAUUACACCAAUUAUUGUCCCCCAAAGUCACUCGAGACACUGCAGGCAACACACAGCUUUCGCAAAAACGGUAUUUUCCUGGCAUUAGUACUUCAAGGAGUCAGUGUAUCUUUGGCAACGAGGGCAAACGUUGGAAAAGUGGACUGCAAAGCUAUUCAGUUGACUACGAGCCAAACCCUAAGGCAGCGCAGCGAUGAGGCCAGUAAGAGAUGGCAUCCGAUCAAAUCCUCUAGAAGUAAAGCGUUAGAAUAUCCGUGCUUUGCAAAAGGGGCAAGACACUUACCACAGGAGUCUUCCAAACAACGGCUGACACAGUCUUCUCACCCAAAAAUCGGAAGUGAUUUUCUGGAGAGGUUUUCGAGUUCUUUAGUCGUAAAAACCCUGUCAUCCUCUGCGGUGAAUCUGGGAUCAGCGUCAUUGAUGAGUCAGUACAAGAUUGAGUCACGUGGUCUGACCAGCAUGGCCAAGCAGGAGACUGACGCCCAAGAAGCGGAGAAGCUUAGAGCUGGACAGUUGAAGUCAGCACAGCCCGAGGAAGCACAAAAUGCUACGAGCGAGAGAUUUGAGCAAAGUAGGCCUGCAGACACAUCCCCUGCCUCGCCCAGGUCUACGGUGGACUUCUCUCUCCUCUGGCAGCCGCAGUUCCGCUUGUUGCUGGUGUACUUCAUGCUGUCGCCGUUUGCUAACCUGGCCGUCGACUACCUGCCAGCGGCGGCGGCGGAGAAAGGAGUCAGCGAGGCGCGCGCCUCUCUGCUCCUCAGCAUCAUCGGCAGCCUGGACCUCUUCAGCCGUCUCGCCAGUGGCGUCGUCGCCAACCUCCGCAUUGUCAACAUUCGCACCAUGAUCAUUGGCUGCUUCUUCGUCAUCGGCUUGGUCAACCAGUUUGUGCGCUUCCUGGAGUCUUUCCCGACCUUCGUAGUGGUGGCGGUGGUGAUGGGGCUAGUGGGUGGGGUGCCCACCAGUCUAUCCACGGUACUGGUCAUAGAAGUGGUGGGCAUCGAGCAUCUUGGUCACGCUAUUUCCUUCGUGCAUGUUUUUUAUGGGGUCAGCAUGGCCGCUUUCUAUCCACUUCUCGGUUACUUUCGGGACAAAACCGGCUCGUACGAUCUGACCUACCACGUGGUAGGCUGUGGCGUGCUCGGAGCUGCAGGCCUGCUGUGCUUUGGAGGACGGUCUUCUCACAGUGACAAGUCUGACAAGUUCGUAACCCACUCCAGUGACGGACCAAGUGGUACAAUCGAGGACUUCGCUGUCGUGCAAGUAUUGGGGGCAAACAUGGCGGCCAGGCAGGAUGCAGCUGGUGUGGCAACAGGGGGUCAGUCGCAAACCCCACUGAUAGAGAACAAAUCUACAACUACCACCAACAAUGAUGGUGACGAAUCCGAUGACGGAGUGCCGUAUGACAGAGGAUGGGCCUGGAUGGUGGUUGCUGGUUGCUUCAUCAACGCACUCGUCUUGGCCGGCUACCUCAAGUCCAGUGGAGUGUACUUCGUGCGACUGCUUCAAUACUUCCAAGCGUCCACCAGCCGCACGGCUGUCCUCUUCGGUGUCAGGGGUGGUGUCAUCAGCAUCGUCGGCUUCUAUGUGAUGAACGUAGUCGUUCCUCGCCUGGGCACCAGGAAGACCAUGUUGAUUGGAGCCUUUUUCAAUGUCCUUAGCUUCAUCUUGUCUUCACAGGCGCAAGAUCUGACCUCUCUCACCUGCUUUCUGUCCAUCAUUAGCGGCGUGGGGCUGUCUUUCUUGAGUGCUCCUGGCGACGUCCUGACAGGCUCCUACUUCAGACAGAGGCGUGCGCUGGCCCUGGCCCUGGUCAAGUGCGGGGUCAGCGUGGGCAGCAUGGUGGUGCCGCAGCUGCUGACGUGGAUGCUCCGUGAGUACGGACUUCACGGCACGCUGCUGCUCACCGGAGGUUUGUGCCUGCAUUCCUUCCCUGCCAUCCUCCUACUCAGACCCACGUCCUUCUACAAGAAGAAGCACGCGCGCACUCUUCUUAACGUGCGGAUCCUACUCGACCCCAACGCUAAUCCACAGACAGAGGAGGAGGACAUUGGUACAAAAGAGAACGAAGAAGCGCUACUUGCUGCAGAAGUGAACCUCGAUAACAAGGAGAAACAGAAGGAAAGGAAAGAAUUGUUCAGGUCACUCUCUAGCGGAAGCGAUUCUAACGCAGCAAACGGCGUGAGGUCACAGAAUGUCAGCAUUUCCUUGCCAACACAGAAAGGUUUCUUGAGCACAGCAGUCGAAGAACAGUCCAUCCUUAGUCCAGCUCGUUCGACAAGCUCCAGACUCCUCGACAAGCUGGAAACAUUGAAGUGGUGGCCAGCCCAGUUAUCUGUGUCCACUCUGGACCUGGGAUCAACGACGAUGAUUGACACAGCGCGGGCAAGCAGAUCACCAAACACACCUUCUGUCUCACAUCCAUCACACACUUGCCGCACGUGCGGACACAGCAAGGUGGGACUGCAGGCUUCCAAAGACAGGAUCUGGACUUGCUGUCUGCGUGUCCUCAAAACGCCAUUCGUGCUCCUGGAUUUUUCGCUUUUCCGGCGUCCUUCUUUUCGCCUCCUGCUGCUCUAUGCGUCUCUCAACUCUUUUCCUGCCAUUUUUCUGGACUACCUGCCUGCUGUCGCCACCAGUAACGGCAUCGGCGAAGCUCAGGUCGCCAUGUUGAUCACCAUCGUCGGCGGCCUCGACUUUGUCUGUCGCCUGGGUGGGGGCAUCGCAGCCCACACGGGAAAAGUGCGAGUGUCCCGCAUGAUAGCACUUUCCUUUGUCAUGCUCGGCAUCACGUGCCAGUUCGUGCGUUUCAUGGCGUCUUUUACACACUUUGUCACACUGGCGGUCAUUUACGGGCUUCUAGGAGGCCUGUCUUACGCGCUUAACGCGGUUCUUAUUAUAGAGUACGUGGGUCUGGAGAAGAUGAGUCAGGGAUAUAGUUUUUUCCAGUUUGUGAGUGGUGCCUGCUCAGCAGCCUGGUAUCCUCUUUUAGGUUAUAUUAGAGACAGCAUGGGUUCAUACACACCAGUCUACCACGUGCUAGGAUGCACCUUUCUACUGUCGGCGGCAAUUCUCACAUGCGAAGGUAUGGUCCAGCGCUACGAGAAGCGAGCCAACGUCAGCAGAGACGUGCUGGACAAGUGCAGGGUCAUCACGGUUCAGCGCGUAACAGAUGGCGACGAGUGCUGCUGCCAUGACCAUGCAAUCGUCAGUCCAUUGAAUGCAUCUAGGGCUAGUGAAUGUAGCUAAGCUACAGGUUAAAAUCUGUGCAUUUAUUUUUUAUUUACUUCGCGCAGAAAACUAUAAUAUAUUUUUCCAAUAUAUAUUUAAGAUAUGUACAUCUCCUUUUUGUUGUGCCAUGUGACCUAACAUUCUUGUUUGGCUUCUGUAUUGAUGGUGUUGUCAGAUAAAGAAUUUUGGUGUAAUAUGAUUACCACAUAUCAAGUAUUCAGCCUUAGCAAAUGGCAUUGAUGAGCAAAGCCACUUUUAAAAGACGCUGCGGUUGCUUGCAAACAAAUGUGAAAUAUAGGAAAGCAGUAAUAUUGCAUGUAAUGGAACUGUAAAACCAACAUUCCCAAACAACUGCAUAAUUACUGGUACAUAUAGCCAUUGUUUUACAUUGACUGGAGAUUUUCUCAUCAUUUCAGUUGUUGAAGGCUACCGUUAUAACCACAAAUGCUAGUCUGAUGACUGCAAUCCUACAGAAGAAUUAUUGCUAUAAGGGGUUAUGUCUGAACCAAAACUCAACAACCAAAGGCUUCAUAGUUGUUACUAAAAAGAAAAUGAGUAGUAGUUAUGCUGAAGUUCCUUUUGCUUUUCAUCUUCACAAAUGUUCCCACAUAACUGAAAUGUUCUUUUCAGUGAUGGUCAGAGCGAACAUACAAGGGACUGAUAAGUGGGCUUACAAACGCUGUCAAAUGAUAGAAAUGCCCUUUCUUUGCUGGGCCGUGCAAUCAGCAAUCUGCUUCUUGGCAUUUAAUAUAGCAAUGGCAUACAGACAAAUCUCCUGUCCAGUCUUUUAAAACAGAAGCAGAGAAAUGUCCUCUCAUAAAGUGGACUUAAGCAAAGACAUUGCUUCAUUAUGGAUUUUCCCCAUGACACUGUAUUUUCACACUAUUUUUCUAUUGAAUUUCCUUUCUGAUUGUGUACAUUUUAUACGUGAUAGAAUACCCUAGCUUACAUCAUGUUAAAUGUGACGUUCUAAUGGUCAUUGAAAAUGUGUGGGGGGGGAAGGGGAAUGGAAGAUAGAUAAUGUUUUGUAUUGUUGCUUUGGUAUUGUUGGCUCAUGUAGUAUUUGUUUUAAUUUUUAACUUUUUUGAAUUUUUACUUUUAUUAGGUGUGCAGGGGACGUGUUGGGGAUAUAAGGAUUCGAAUGUACCCCAGAAUUCCAUAUUUAACAAUAUUGUGUGCCAUAUAAUUAUUUGUGCAGCAAUGGCCAUUUAUCCUAAAUCCACAUAGUUUUGAACACCUGUACGUCUUUACACACUAUUUGUUGUUUAUAGAUUAAAAUAUAAAUUCAUUCAUUGUCCGAGUUCUGCCACUGUGAGGUUGUUAAAUAAUGUCUGUAAGAGAAGCAUAAAAAGUGUGAUUACUGGAUUAAAAAAGGCUAUCGCUUUUUUUAUAAUUAUCACUCAUC